GAUGUCAUCGGCAGGUUCCCCUUCUUGUGUACCACGUGACGUGUGACGUGGCACAUAUUAUCAGCAAUGGCGGAUAGAACGCGAUAAAAAUAAUACCAACUAGACAGGGACACUCUAACCAGUGCAAACCCCGCCUUUUCCCUAUUAAAAUACAUUGGGCGAAAAUUUCGAAGUUCUGCCAUGACCUUGACCUUUGACCUCCAAAAUUUAAUGGUUUCCUUCCUGGGUGAUUGGCAACACAUGUACAAAAUUUGGUCCAAAUCGAUCCAUUGGUUCUUGAGAUAUCUUGCAGACAGACAGACAGAUACACACACACAGACUGACGCAGGUGAAAAUAAUAACCCCUCCGACUACUGUCGGCGGGGUUAAUAAAUCUAGCUAACUGAAAGACUAACUCAAUUUUUCGCAAUUUUUUUGGCCCCCAUAUACGAGGAGAAAUGACUCUCUCACUUUGGGGGUUUCCUGGUCUAAAAAUAGACCGACACGUGGUACACAAGAAGGGGAACCUGCCGAUGACAUCACGUUUCACUACCACGCGGAAAUUAAAAGGAAUGUGAACAUGUGAUGGUCAUGGCACUUGUUCGUGUCUGAAAAUAAGUGGGAGAGUAGAAUGAAUGAGAAUGAAGAGCCCAUCGUCCCGUUCCACCCUGUUGAAGUACAGUCAGAAGAUGCAGUCUGUAGGAAUGAUACAGCUAACUUCAGCGUAGAAGUGGCAAAUCACAGAACCAACAAAGAGCAACUCCGUGGUAAGAAGUCGUCUCAUGAAGUUCUUCAAAUCUCUCAAGAUGAGCAAAGGGAGGAAGACAAACUUGGUCCCUACAUACCUCAUCCACCCUUACUUCCCAAGCCUCCUUGUGUUGCGAAAGGAAGUAGGAACAUGUCGUUUGAGGAAAAGAAAAAGGGGAGACGACUGAGGAGCAGUCAGGAGAGCCUCACUGACCCGGCCGAGAUGACCUCUUCGACCGACUCCCUUAGGGAAGUCUCCACUUUUCUUGCACCAAGUAGCCAUAUGGUUUUAAAGAAUGGCCAGAACUCUGGAGAAAAUCAUUUUGAUCAAAUGGCCUGGCAAUCCCCACCAUUCCGGGAUCGACGUAGCAGCUUCCCUGAGGAGGACAAAUGCCCUCCUGGCCAAAGCCAUCUUUCUGGGCAGCAUCCAAAACCUUCCAAAAUAAUUCUUGCCCCACUGCAGUCUGCAGGAUCCUUUCCUCCGCUGGAGUACAGUAUUGCCUCCAUGUCCUUAAGGACUUCUAAUCAGAUUGACAGGGAUUGCUUGGAUUAUAGGAACGGGAGCCUGCAAGAGAAGUUGCAAAAGAACCUCAGUGACAGCCAGCUUUGGGACACCAUGGUGUCGGACAGCACCUCGGUCAAUUCCAUGAAGUCCACCUUCAGCGUCCUCAACCCAAUCCGACCCAAGGAUGUGAGGAACAGGAGCUUUUUGGAGGGCAGUGUGCUGGGCAACGGAGCCUUACUCGGGGCUGAAGAGUUGGACCGGUACUUUCCCAGCAGGCAAAUUGGGAUUUACGUUGCCACAUGGAAUAUGCAGGGAGAGAAGGGGCUUCCAAACAACCUAGAUGACCUGUUGCUCCCAACAGACACUGAUUUUGCACAAGAUCUCUAUAUCAUUGGAGUGCAAGAAGGAUGCCCUGAUAGGAAGGAGUGGGAAAUCCGUCUGCAAGAAACUCUGGGUCCGCACUAUGUGAUGCUGUACGCAGCUGCACAUGGAGUGCUCUAUCUCACCAUCUUCAUACGCAGGGACCUCAUAUGGUUCUGUUCGGAGGUGGAGCAUGCUACCGUCACUACUCGGAUCAUCUCGCAGAUUAAGACCAAAGGGGCAGUGGGAAUCGGCUUCACUUUCUUUGGGACAUCUUUCCUUUUCAUCACAUCACAUUUUACUUCGGGAGACUCCAAAGUCUAUGAAAGGAUACUGGACUACAAUAAGAUAAUAGAAGCUUUAGCUCUUCCCAGGUGCCUUCCUGACACCAACCCUUAUCGUUCAGUUGCCUCGGAUGUGACUACUAGAUUCGACGAAGUCUUCUGGUUCGGGGAUUUUAACUUUCGGCUUAGUCAAGACCGGGGAAGAGUGGAAGCCAUUUUGAACCAGCUGACUGGGAAAAAUAUGGACGCCCUGCUCCAGCAUGAUCAGCUGUGCAAAGAAAUGAAAGAUGGUUCCAUCUUCAAAGGAUUUCAGGAAGCUCCAAUCCACUUCACUCCCACGUACAAGUUUGACAUCGGCUGUGAUGUUUACGACACAACAUCCAAGCAGAGAACGCCAUCGUAUACAGAUCGAAUCCUUUUUAGGAGCAGACAGGUAGAUGACAUCAAGGUGGUUAAGUAUACAUCCUGCUCAUCUAUCAAGACCUCUGAUCACCGGCCUGUCAUUGGCAUGUUCCAGGUCAAACUCCGGCCUGGUAGAGACAACAUUCCAUUGGGAGCGGGCUUAUUUGACCGAGCCGUGUACCUGGAAGGCAUCAGGAGGAGGAUUACGAGAGAAUUGAAGAGGAGGGAGGCUAUGAAGAACCAGAGCAAUAGCACCGUCUGUUCUAUCUCCUGAUCCAGGGUCAGCAGACUCCAGACCGUAUCUUCUAUAUUCUGAGCUACUAACUCAGGAAGCUGGACUUUCCGGACCCAAGGGAGGCUCAGAACUAUGGGAGAUAAAGUGUUUAACUCCCCAUCCAGGAGCUUGAAAGGAGGCUGUGCCUUAUCAUUCAAGGUCUUUGGUUAGAGCUGGAAAUGUUUGAGAACACUACACAUUCUGUAGAAAGUGGUGAACAUGUAUAGCUGAAAAUGAAGGGAACAUAACAAUGACCUCUUUAUAUCUUGUGCACUACAUUUUACCCAGCAUCAGUGUGAGAGCUUAUAUUUAAGAUCGUCUGAACGAUGUUAUACAACUCACUUUUUUUUUUCCCAAAACAACGCAGUGUUUUAAGGGCCUUACACAGAUUAGCAGCUCGACUAAUGAACACAUUUGUUACCAGAACUAAUUGUGGUUUGUUUAAAAUAUUUUAUUUCAUAGAUCUAGUUUAAAUUCUGCCAAAAUUGCAUUUUGGUUUCCACCAGUGAAAAGUGGUCUCUGUAACAAUGGAAAUGUGACCCAUCAUCCUGUUCAGUCAGAAAUUGUUACCUUGCAGAAAAUACAACCGAGACUGAACGCAAGGUUUUUAUCUAGGACAUCUGUUUAUUGCCUUAAAUUCUUAUACAAAAUAACUCUCUUUUACUUGAUGUCAUCUGGCCAUUUGUACAGGACUAAGGACUGAUUUUUUACUAAGUAUUCCUCGUGGGUGGGCCACAAAUAAAAACGUAUCCCAGUCCCCACUCUCGAUGGAAAGUGCCUGAGCUGCUCUUGCUUUUCUAGAACAUUUUGUUUCCACCUAAAUAACAGCAUGUUUUUAAUGUUGACAGUGUUAUGUAACAUAAACUAUGACUGAA